CUCGUUUAGGAUCUGGGGAAAAUGCAAUGUUAAUUAAAGUGUUUUUAAGUGGCCCAUACCAGCAGCUACCAUGCUACCUUGAUACCAUUUUUCAUGAUCUGAUGGUCAUUCACAAUUGUAUCCCUAUCCUGUCUAAGUCCCUAAUCUAUACCUACCAACUCAAUCGGCUCUAGCGUUGACUAUACUUCCGCAUGACUUCUCAGCCGCAGCUGAACCUCUAUACCCUCUUCACUAUGUUAGAAAAAUACCAUCUCGCGAUAUGUCUUGGACUUUGUUUUUGAUUAAAUACAACUAAUAAUCUGAUUAUAUGUUGCCCAAGUAAAAGAUAAUAUUUAGUUAAGACCCCUUGGCCAUAAUGACCGAAUCACAACUAGACGGCGAAGUCAACCUAUGCGACUUCUGCCGCUCAGUCGACUGGGCACAAAUAACAACUAGCCUCUUCAACCCUCACAAAGCCGCCCUCGAAAACGGGCAGCUCAAAAAUGGCGAGCACAAUCUCGGGACAAUCCGUACAGCAGCAGCAAUCUGCGAUCUAUGCAACCUGAUCUCAGGCGGCUCCCACAACUUAAAGCCAUGGUGGCCCGUCGCAGAAUUUCUCGACCAGCCAGACCGUCUCACAUGCGCCUUCUGGAGCAGCCGGAACCGGCUCGGGUCCUCGGUGCUCUCGACCAAGCUGUCGCAGGUAGAUGCGCUGCUGGACACGUUUUUCGCGGGUGAGAAUCCGGGGUACUCUUCCACGAAUAUAAUUAUCCAGGACUUUUACGACUCGCUUGAGCGACGGGGUGUCUUUCUAGAUGCUGACAAGGCGGGUGGUGAUGGGAGGAGGAGGAAUAAUAGCUUGAAUAAGUUGUUCGUGCUGGUUGGGAUUAGCCCGGUUAGGUGGACGGCGCAGACGUUCUUGCAGUUGCAUCCGUGUUUGUAUCCGAUGCCGAGUGUGGAUGAUUAUGUGGCGGUGGAGGAGCCGUUCUCAGUGUUUCCGUCGGGGAGGGUUGUGAAGCCGGAGGUUAAUGUUGGGUUGCUUAGGAGGUGGUAUGAGACGUGCCUUGAGAAGCACGGGGCAAAGUGCAGUCUGCCUCCCUGGCUCGCGCCAGAUACAUCGUGGCCCGCAAACUUUCGGCUCAUCGAUGUACGCCGGCGAUGUCUCGUUGACGCGUCAGAGCCGUGCCCCUAUUUCGCGCUCAGUUACGUAUGGGGCGACGAGAUAAUGCCCUUCCAAACAAACCUGUCGAAUGUUGAGGAAAUGAAAACACCAGAUUUUCUCAGGAGUCAAUCCUUACCGAAGACUAUCGUGGAUGCGAUAGAAUUGACUAGGCAGAUGGGCGUAGAGUUCCUCUGGGUUGAUCGACUGUGUGUCAUCCAGGAUUCCGAAGCUGAUAAAAUCGACCAAAUUCCUCAGAUGGACCUCGUCUAUUCAAGGGCGGAAUUAACAGUUGUCGCAGCAUGCGGCACAGCGACUGAUGGGCUUACGGGAAUCAACGGCACAACCCGUAUUAUCAACCAGCGCACAGCGCGUGUCGCUAAAGAUCUAACCCUAACAGAUGUCUUUCGCCUCGACAAAGAGUACCAGGAUAGCCGGUGGAAGACACGGGGAUGGACAUUCCAAGAGGGUCUCUGCUCUCGCCGGACUCUCAUCAUUGCUUCCGAUCAAGUAUUCUGGAGCUGCGAGACUUCCAAAUGCUGCGAGACCAUUGCCUUCGAGGCCUUUCCCACUGCCGUCGCCCCCAACGACCUCAUUUACUCGGUGCUAUCCGGUCACGAAGUCUUCGGGGAAUUUGGCGGCGGCAACAAUUUCGCAUACAGCGAGCUAAACUCGAUGAUCAAGGGAUACUGUAAUAGAAAGCUUACCGUGCAAGCAGAUGUCUUGGAUGCGUUUUCAGGGGUACUAAAGAGAGUCGGGGUUAAUACGGGACACGAGUUCCACUGGGGCCAUUCUGUCUCGACAAGAUUUGACGAGGGCUUGGCUUGGAACAAUAUCGUCUGGUAUCGAGAUCAUGAAUGGGAGUCACAUGAACUUCCAGAGCGGCGACGGGAAUUGCAUCGUGUGAUAUCGAGUGAUGGGACGGUUAAUAGGGUACAGUUCCCUAGUUGGUCUUGGCUCGGGUGGAAUCACAUACUAGGGGUGAACCGCGCCGCGCCACGGCAGGUUGUGCUAGAGCCGGAAUUGAAUAUUAUGAAGCUUAGUACGGACGGAAAAGCGGCUCCGUUGUGUUCUAUAUCGAACGAGAAAACAUUUGAGUCCGUAUCGAAGAUCGACAUGUGCGGUGUUGAUAAUACGACUUCGGCGGGCUGGAAGGGAAACACGACGAUCGACCCUAGCUUAUUACACCAGAACACCGAAGACGGAGAUUUCAAGGAUUCGGGUCGUCUUCUCUUUUGGACGAGCCAUGCGGUGCUAAUCUUGGAAGAAAAUAAGAUAUAUAAUGACAAAAAAGAGGAGGUUGGCGAACUAAACCCCUUCCUACCCUAUCAGGCACCCAAACUCUCCGGCAAGCAUUCGUUUAUUGUAGUGUCGCGAAAGCACAACGAUAAUAGUCUCAAGGUUCUCAAGGCGGAGAGAAAACUUAAUGUCUUAGUCGUAGAGUGGGAUGACCCUGUUAGGCGUGUUGCUUCGCGGGUUUGUACGGGUGAAGUUAACGAAGAGGCUUGGGUUGGACUUGUGGAAGAACGAGAGUGGAUAUUAGUGACGUUGGCAUAGUCUGUGAUAUACAUUUCAACUUGUUUAAGGCAAGGCAUGGUAUUUGAUUAAGUGUAUAUGUUCCCAUGGGCGUCUCCUGGCUAGAGUAGCAAUAUCGUGAUAUUUUACAAUUAGGCAGCCUAUGUCGUAAAGAUACUGGAGUAGACAACUAAACUGACAGUAAGUAUAUUUAAAAAGUAAAAAAAGCAAAAACGAAAGACUCAUGAGAGGUAAAAAGAGAAAAGAUGAAAAAAGAAAAAGAAAAAAAAA